CGCCGCGCCGGAAGUGAGUGAAGGCUGUGCUGAGUCUGAGAGGCGGGGAGAGCGAACACACAUACCGGCAACAUGCUGAUCAAAGUGAAGACACUGACUGGCAAAGAGAUAGAAAUUGAUAUUGAGCCAACUGACAAGGUGGAGAGAAUUAAGGAGCGGGUUGAAGAAAAGGAGGGUAUUCCUCCACAACAACAGAGGCUGAUCUAUAGUGGGAAACAAAUGAAUGAUGAGAAGACUGCUUCAGACUAUAAGAUACAGGGUGGUUCAGUUCUACAUUUGGUGCUUGCCCUAAGAGGAGGCUGCUGAAAGAUGACUAAAGUUUUUUUUGCAUAGUCCAUUAUGGAAAUUAUUUGUGGAGGAACCACAUCCCUUUGGUUCUGCAGCAUGGGACUGCCCUCCACAGACAUUUGCCAGCUUAUCUGUAAAAUAUUAAGGUUAUGUUGUGCAUUGUUUUUGUUUACCCCUUAAAUAAAUAAUCCUCAAAAUACCCUGUCUUGGCACUGAAACAAGAUUAAGAUGCAGUGAACAUGUAGGUGGUUUGAUUAAACAGCACUUGGUUGAAAAUGAAAUUAGCCCACACCUAUUUUCAGCAAUGAGCAUUUUGGAUCAUAUGCAGCCUCCCCUGGACCAACAAGGUUGGAAAGCAUGCGUAAUCAAAAAUGUAAUUUUUCUGGAUGAUCACCAUAAUUUCCCUGAUAUAUGGCUAGGACUGGGUGUGCUGAAAAGAGCUUGCAUGUUUAUAUUGCAAUUACAUAUACAAAAUCGCACUGCGUUCUCCAUCUUUGAUCAAACGAUUUGUUUCAAGUACUUUUUUCCACAAAAAAAAAAAGUGGCUUUGAUUCCAUUGUAUCCUACACACUACAAAAACCACAAUAACGAACUUAAGCUGUUUUAAAAGUAUCCUGUUGUUGCUACUGGGAGGAACAGAAAGUAAAGUCUGUUGCAAUGUAGAUUUUACUCACAGACCUGAAGGAAGAGAAUCCUCUCAUGCAGAUGAAGAUGUUGCUAACUCCUAAGCAAUUGGUGUUUUCUUUGUUUCACUGCUAAUUGAAAUUUCCUGCUGGAUACCAAAACUGAUUUGCCACUCACUCAGUGCAAGCUUGUGCAGUGGAAUUCAGGAUAUGUGAAUCCACAUUCCAGUAGCAUAUCCACACUAAGGCUUCCUCUGUGGUAGUGGACUGAAAGUCCUCCAAGUGGAACUUGCUGCAAGCAGAUUCCCUGAAAAAACGAAAUCUAUAUUAAAAUGUUUAUUAGCUAUACUCUUGGGUCUGCACUAUUUGUGCUUUGAUUCUAUUAGUGACAUCUAGCUGGAGAAAUAGCAGUCCUUUACCGAAGAGGGAGCUUGAGAGUGGAUCUACUGACCGUAUAUGGAAAUGCAGAUCUUGGAUUCCACUGUAAGUUGCUCUUAAACUAGAUAUUUUUAUCAUUUAAAAAGCACAAGUUAGUUGUGUUGUGUGAUAUUAAAAGUAUCAAGGUGACUGUGUUUGUGGAAAAUAAUACAUGGUGCAAGCAGUUGGGUCUGAGGUGAAGAGAGCAGUGUGGUUGUUUUUUUUUUUUUUUAAAUACAUUGUUAUUGCAUAACUGUGUGACAUUUUGAUUUUCUGUGUGUAGCAUAAUAUUGGAUUUACUUACGAAUUCUUAGCAUGGGCACAGACAUUAUUUGACAUGAUUAAACAGCCCAAAGUUUUGUUUUUCGGGUUUAAUUUUUCACAAACUGUUGCCAUGAUAUGCACCUAGGGAAACAUAUUUUUCAUGCCCUUUCUCACCUCUGUGGGCACCUUGACGCACAUCAGCAGAUGGGGGGGGAAUACUCAUCUAUUUUCCAUUGCACAACACAUGUGUGAACCAGACUCACUGAAAACAAUGGGAUGCCAUGUGACGUGUGCUUUUGAUGUGUCUUCAUGCAAAGGUGUUAACAGGAUCUAGGGCUGGAUUCCCAUCUUUGGUUGGUUUGCCUAAUCCAUAAACGUAUAUAUCAAUGCAAGUGUUAGAACACACUUCAAUUAAUCAAAAUGUAUGAUGUGUGUUGACAUUCAAUGCAAGGCACAUUGCAUUAUUGAGUGUAAACAUGCAUUUUUAUGAGUUUCCAUUAACUUCAAUGGAAAAAGUAUCUGAGGAAAAAUACAUAGGUGCGAAUAGGCUCUUAAGAACCCUAAGAAUGUCAUGCAUAUAAAAAAAAGAAAAGAAGAAAAUACCAAUUUUGGUAUUGAAAUACAUACUGGAUGUUCAACUUUUAGAAUUCUGCAAAAUAAUUUUGACAUGUUGCAUAUUCAUUUCAGUUGAAUUGACAAGUUAUUAGUGUGAAAUAAUAUUUUAAUAUUGUUCGUUUUUGAUGCUGCCUUCAAAAUAAAACCUUUCACAGUUAGUUGAA